AUGGUGAAGACUCAGCAAAAGAAUGGAUCAUCCCCGCAAGGCGGUGUAGGAGGUGGAGGCCGAUCCAUCCCAACUUGCUUCAUGUCCAUGGUCAUUGUUAUACUACUUUUGGGCCAACUUUUUCUCUAUCGCAACUGUCAACAACAAGUGGGAAGUGCUCUUCUCGAGAGCUACACGGCCUCUUUUAGCCAACUGGCGGCAUCUGUAGGCUUAUCAUCCAGCACAGGUAGUGGUAGCUCUCCUGGAGAAGGAGGUAUUCUCGCGGGGCACUACGACGUUUGCAUCGCUGGAGCUGGCCUCUCCGGAGCCGUGUUGGCAGAACGGUAUGCCUCUCAGUUGGGGCACAAGGUCCUGGUAGUGGAGAAGAGAGCCCAUAUUGGUGGAAAUUGCUUCGAUUAUAUUGAUAAAGAUACUGGAGUCCGUGUGUCUCAGUACGGGGCUCAUUUGUUUCACACUUAUUUUGAUGACGUGUGGGACUAUGUGCAGAAAUUUGGUCCUUGGACACCCUAUGAACACAAAGUGAGAGGCAUUGUCAAUGGCAAAGACGUGCCAAUUCCUGUCAAUAUCGAAACUGUCAAUAUCCUCUUUGACCUCAACAUCCAAUCGCAAGAAGAAAUGGACGAAUGGCUCAAGAAAGAACAAAUACCCAACGACAAUCCACAAAACUCGGAGGAAGUGGCGCUCUCAAGGGUGGGCAAGCGAUUGUAUGAACUCAUCUUCAAACCAUACACAUUCAAGCAAUGGAACAAGUAUCCCGUGGAAUUGGGACCAGAAGUCCUGCAGAGAAUCCCUGUCAGAAACAACUGGGAUGAACGGUACUUUUCCGACCCUCAUCAGGCACUGCCAACCAACGGGUAUACCUCGCUGUUCGAAAACAUGUUCAAAUCACAACACAUCACUGUCCUUACCAACACGGACUAUUUCCAAAUACGAGACAAAGUUUCCUGUGGAAAACACUACUUUAGCGGGCCCAUUGAUGCCUACUUUGCCGAGCAAAAGUUGCCCAAACUGGAGUAUCGGUCUUUGGAAUUCGAACGGAAGGUCGAGGAAAACACCCAAUUCUUCCAACAAGCCUUUGUGGUCAAUCAUCCGCAAGACAACGACGAUUACACUCGGAUUGUAGAGUACAAGCAUUUGUACAACCAAUCGCAUUUGCCGCAUACGGUGUACUUCAUUGAACGAUCGAAAGAUGGAGGAGAGCCGUACUAUCCAGUCCCCAAUAAACGCAACAAGGAUCUGUUCAAACAGUACCAGAACCUGGCCAAGAAGGAAGAAAAAACCAAAAACGUUAGCUUUGUCGGGCGAUUGGCCAACUACAAGUACUUCAACAUGGACCAAGCCAUCAAUAAUGCGCUUGAACUGUUUACCAAGGAUACGGGGAUUGCGUACACAAUGUCCUCGCUACCUGUCAAGUCAGAAAUCAAGGCCGUGGAACCUCAAAACCAGGCUAUGGAACGAUUGCAAUUUUCUCCGGCAGUCCCAGCGGAUCAACGUCUGUACCCGGAUUGGCGGCAAGCCGUGGAUUGUUCUGCCUGGGACAACAUGUGCGCCAGCCUCAAACAGCUCGAAAACAAGUACAAAGACUAUCCCUUCCCGCUUGGACGCAAAGUCAAAAACAAGAAUCUGUUCAAGUUCAAGCCACUGGGAGAGAUCCCUGAAGAUUGGAAGCCCAGUCUCCACGUCAACAACUCACUGGAUCUGCCGCCGCCCCGAAAGAUUGAGUACAUUUAUCCAACAGAAGUCCCACUGACGGAAAAGGAAAAAUGCAUGGAGAAUGCCAAAUCCAGCACCUGGCAGGAACAAGUACGUCAGCUGUUGGAGUCAAGGCUGAAGCGAGAAGAAGUGACCAACAUGGUCGCCUUUACCAUUUCAGACUACAAUUAUGCUUUUGACAUGAUACAUGAUAUCUUUGAGAUGAACGAUAACGUUGUGGGGUUUGAAAAUGCAUUCUUCAUGGUGGUGUUGGAUCAAGAAACUUUGGAACUUUGCUGUCGUUAUGGAUACCCUGUUGUUGCAUGGCCAAGUGUCAAGCCAGAGUCGUCCGAGGAGCUCAAGCAUGCUGUCGCCAACACAAAGUUUGAGGUGUCCUUGGAGCUGGUCAAGCUCGAAUAUGACUUCUUCUUCUACGAAAUGGACGUUUGGUUUGUCAAGUCGCCCAAAGCGGUGAUCAAGGAAUACCACAAAGAUCCCGAGCACGACUUUUUGGUAUCUUCGCACCAGAAUUGCCCCAUGUGUAUGAACAUUGGGGUGUACAGUGUCACAGCAAAUGAAAACACCAAGGAAUACUUUGAAUUGAACAUUCUCAUGGCCAAAGAGUCUCCAGGGACGCAUGACCAGUGGAUUAUGGGCCAGCUGCAGCAUUUGGCGGAUCAGUACCGCGCAGGACAAAAACCAAUGAAAUUUGAGGGCCGCUGGUUCCCACCUCCCGAAACUAACCCGCCCCCAAUGAAUUACCCCGUCCGCGCCGGUUUUUACAGCGCCCAAGAGAUAGUGGCAAAUGAGCGUCCCGUACCAACACAGCAAACGUACGCUAUUCAUACCUUAGCCGGCGGUCCUCUGAAGAAGCCACAUGGCAAGAAGAUAAUGGCCAAGGAGUUGGGUGCUUGGUAUGGAUUCGAUGGACCCAAUGGCGAUGGCGGUUACUACCGUCGCACGGGGGAACGUCGUCGCUAUCUUUGGAUGGAUGGUCACAUGCCAAAUACAUACAACACGGUUCAAAACUGGGAGUGGGCCGGUUGGGAAUCGGGACUUUUUCAUGAUGUUGGGUCGGUGAAAUACACUAUGGCCACACUGUUGGCACUGGCACGUCGAACUGGGCGCAUUUUUGUGAUGCCCAAGAUUCAUGCAGACCACGGUGUUCACUACCUUUGGACGAUUCUAGAUUUUGAAACCGUCGAGGAAAUGGGCAUCGACUACCGAGAAACUAACUUUCCUCACAACCCCAAGUCCUGGCAUCGCGAAGGUGAGCCCUUCCAAAGCGUGGCACGCACUGCCUUGGGUUCCAUCAAGGACUCGGGGCAAGAGAGAACCAUGUAUGUUCAGUAUCCUAACAAGGCCACCGUCUUUGGUGGAGACGAUGCGACCGAGGGCAAAGUCAAAGCGUGGAAGUUUGAAAGGGACAUUGAAGAAAGCACCGCGCUGGAUGCUUGGUGGGCCCUUCACACAGCCAUCCGCAAAGUCGAUUCGGCAGAAUUGCUGCUGGUCAAUCCGCACUAUAUCACUGGAAACUAUGCGAGGCGGAUGGAAAUCCUUCGCAAGACGCCGGGUGCAAAGAUGUCGGUAGCGGAAAAGGAGAUCAUGGAAGUUUACUCUAGGUUGCGGUGGUGUUUUGACCAUGCUUUGCCCGUUGUCAUAUACGAGAACAUUGUUGGCCGUAGUUCCUCUGAGUAUGAUUGUCAUGGGAAGGGUAAGCCGAUUGAAGAACUUUGA